UCUGGCCAAUAUCAAUGUGCACACUCCCACUACAAUCACCCCUAUUUAAACCCCUUGUGUAGGACUCAUCCGCAACACCCAUUGGUCUUCCAACCUCAGCAUGAUCACAAUGAUUUUACUGCUGCCGGUCACUCUCGCCUUAUCAAGACCUCUCAAAGGCAGCGACAGAAUUGCUGGGGUUAAUCAGGUCAGCUCGGUGGAUGUCUUCCAUCAGCCUCACUACACCUUCAACGCCUCUGAGGCCAGGCUGGUUUGCCAAUCACUUGGGCUGACCAUCGCCACCAAAGCACAAGUGCAAAGGGCUCUCUCAAAGGGCUUCCAAACCUGCAGGUUUGGAUGGAUCGAUGAACACUUGGCAGUCGUUCCGAGAGCCACGCCGAGGCCCUCCUGUGGAAAAGGCAAGACCGGCCUGGUAGAAUGGAGAACCAGUGUCAAGAUACUCUUUGAUGUGUUUUGCUUCAAUGAAUCAGAUUCAGGGACACAAUUGAAGGAUACAAAAUCCGAUAGCCUGCUGACCGGCACGCACUACCAGGAGAACAGCCGUUCUCCUUCCAAACAGGACACCAUCUUGACCUCUGACCUGCUGCCCUCAGCCUCUCUCUCCUCCAUCACCUCAACCAGCAGACCUAUCUCUUCUCCUUCACUGUUCCCCAUAAGCCACAGGCCAAAGCAGGCCCUGCUGCUGGGCAGCACCCCACGAGGCUCCCUUAAAGUGCCGACCAAACCCUUGCUUAUCGGCGUCACCUGCGCUCUACUACUGGUCAUCACUGUUGUCCUUGGGUUGGAACAAUUGAACCGCAGCUGUUUUCAGAACUGGGACAUGGGGCCACAGGAAAACUACAUUGAAACCGAGGAGAACACAUGUGUGCCAGAGGUCACAAUAGACGAGGGGCCUGAUGACGGAGACAGUUUUGAUACAGCAAUAUGAUUUGGCGCCUAUCCUAAAUGGAUAGUAGACAAUAUUAUAUAUUUGCAACAGGCAAUAUUUUGGAUAUUUUGCUUUAAUUCACUUUCCUACCAUCAAAUACAUGCAAAAAGGGAUUUUCCAAAAUGUUGUUGUAGACUAUGCAAAAUGGAUUUAAACUUGAACAGAAAAGGUGCACGUUAUGGUAUGCCUAAAAAUAUGUUUAGUUGUGUGGGACUGUCUCUUAAUUAAUAUGUCAAUGUUUUGUAUAUAAAUGAUGUCUAAGUU